AUGACCGCGUGGGAAACCGCCAGAAAACUAUUCUUCAUUCCCAAUCCAAGUCGCCUGUGGUCACUUGUCAGCUGUCUCCGAUUAAGGGCGAUUAGCGGCUCGAACAGAAAGGUCGCUUGGUUCGGCAAUGCGCUCCUUGGGACUCAGGGAGGCCAUCUCACUAGCGACGCGACCGGAGAGCAGCCGGGUCGGCCAGAGAUUCGCGUUCUCCGGAGCAACGCCCCCUUUAUUCAUAUCACUAGGACGCAGAAGAGGCCUUCUCCCUACGCCGAUCCAGCAAGAUGGAGCAGAAACCGGUUUUCGAGGCCUUUGUUCACCGAGUCUCUACCCCCCUUUCUGAUCCCCCCCGCUAUUUUCGUGGGGCUCCUACUCUCGCUCUGGACCUGGAAAUGCAUGUGGAUCAUAAUAAUGCAGAACAAGCUCUUAUACCUCUCCUGGCUGCCACCGUUCUCAAGGUCCGACAAGAUUUCAGAGUACGAGUCUGAAUGUCGGCCAGUUCUUUGGAGCGAGCAUACCAUUCGAAGUUUAGAUAACACCAAGCUGGCGCUAUGUCAAGGCUACAUUCCAGCCACACCUGGUCACAGCAGCGCCACGCCCGGGCAAUGGUGGAUCGACACCUCUUCGAUUACCCCUGCUAUCACAGGUUUUGAAAGCAUUAGGAGAUGCCCGCACUUCCCUGACGAGACAAGCUAUACAGUCGCCGCGUUAUCCUACCGCGGCUACUGGACUUCUUCAGGGCGUGCGACCCAGUCAGGGAUCGAGGCCGAUGCACAGGCAUUCUUGAUGCAUGUCUCAGAACGCUUCUCUCCGUGCCAGAUCGUCCUCUGGGGUCAUAGUCUUGGCGCCGCGGUUGCUGCUUCCGCCCUAUUAGAGCGCCUAUCUCAAAAUGCUACACACGCUAGAGAAGAGGACCGGGCCCCGAUCAGAGGGCUCAUCAUGGAGGCUCCGAUAUCCAACAUUAAGGAUAUGUUGAUCAGCCUGUAUCCGCAGAAAUGGCUCCCCUAUCGAUAUCUUUGGCCGUUUUCGUGGAAUUCCUGGUGCAACUAUACCAACUUGGAGCGCCUCGCGGCCUUGCGAUCGCAAAAAGUGGACCAAAGUCGGGGGGUACCGCAAACCGCGGACUGCAGGGUCCCUCCAAUAUUGAUCUUGUCGCCUGAAAACGAUGAAGUCAUACCUCCCACUGUUGCAGAACAACUGGAGCAUCAGGGCAAGUCGCUAGGUCUAGAUGUCCGAAGGCAGAACAUUCGCGGCGCAAUGCAUACGGAGGUACCUACUAAGCCAGAAGGGAAGAAAGCGCUUGUGGAAUUCAUUAUUAGAACCACCCACGAUCCGCCACGGGGCUGA